AUGUCUUCAACUCACUACGAUGUUGUCAUCGUCGGCUCGGGCCAGUCUGGGACCCCACUUGCGAAUGCAUUUGCCUCUGCCGGGCGAAAGACAGCUCUACUUGAACGAGCACACGUGGGCGGCACCUGUAUCAAUGAGGGAUGCACACCAACCAAGACCAUGAUAGCAUCCGGUCGUGUGGCAUAUCUCGGUAGACGAUCUACCGACUACGGCAUUCGCCAUCGUGAUAUGCUUGUAGAUAUGGGUAAGAUUCGGCAGCGGAAACGGGACAUUGUAAACAGCUGGACCACUGGCAACCUCAAGAAACUGGAAUCGAACGGAGUCGAUGUUUUGUUUGGAACAGCCAGAUUCUCAGCACCCAAAACGCUCAACGUUGACAUGAAUGAUGGGUCGCAUAAGGUGGUGGGUGGCGACAUGAUCCUGAUCAACACAGGAGAACGGCCAGCUAGGCCACAUAUCCAGGGCUUGGACGCCAUCGAUCCUAGCAGAGUUCUCGAUUCCACUUCCGUAAUGGAAUUGGGCCAAGUUCCCGACCAUCUCAUCGUGCUGGGCGGGGGGUAUAUCGGCCUGGAGUUUGGGCAGCUUUUUAAAAGAUUGGGCGCCAAAGUAACUUUGCUGCAGAGGGCUCGGCAACUGGUGCCGAGAGAGGAUGUUGAUGUGGCAGAAACACUAUUGGACAUCAUCCGCGAUGAUGAUAUUGACGUGCACCUCUCGACAGACGUGCUGUCGAUUGCCGGCACAAACCAGACCGACCUGCCUAUCAGUCUAGAGACUACCACAGGGACGUUCAGGGGCACGCAUAUCCUCCUUGCGACGGGCCGUACACCGAACACCGACAUGCUAAAUCUCGACGCUGCCGGUAUCAGGACGACUGGCCGUGGCCACAUCGUCAUCGAUGACAAACUGGAGACGAGUGCUCCAGGAGUCUACGCAAUUGGAGACGUUCAUGGUGGACCGGCAUUUACGCACAUGUCGUAUGAUGAUUUUAGAAUCAUCCGGAGCAAUCUACUCGGUGACUCUAUGGCUCCUACCACUCCUCCAAUGACCACGACGAAGGCAUCCAAAAGCCGGGUUUUGACUCCCUACGUAAUGUACACCGAUCCGCAACUUGGGCACGUUGGUGUGCACGACCGAGAUUUGAAAGAGCUUGAUCGCAAGACAAUGACAGCCACGAUGCCCAUGAGUUACGUUGCUCGUGCGAUAGAGACGGAAGAGACCCGUGGCAUGAUGAAGGCGACUGUGGAUGCAAAGACGGGCGAGAUCCUGGGUUUCACGUGCCUGGGUGUCGAAGGUGGUGAGGUGAUGGCCAUCGUACAGACUGCUAUGAUGGGUGGCCUGAAGUGGUGGGACCUGGAGGCGGCUGUCUUUGCCCAUCCAAGUCUCGCAGAGAGUUUGAAUAACCUUUGGGCAUACUUGAAGUAG